AGACCGGGCGCGCGGCCGGGCGCGAGGCGGAUGGAGCCGCAGCAGCAGCAGCAGGCGGCGGCGGCGGCGGGGUCCCCGCGCCACGCGCCGGAGGGAGCGCCCCCGGCCGGGAUUUCCCUGCACGAUUUCUGCGGGCGCGCGGGGGAGCAGCUCGUGCACUUCCACGCCAUGCGGCUGCGGGACUCGCUCUUCCUCUGGGUGGGGGCGGAGCCCGCGCUCCGCAGCCUGGCUGUGGCCAUGUGCAGCCCCCACGACUCCAUUCCAGUGUCUACAUCACUCCUGGGGGGUGCCUCUGACACCAUCUCAAAUUCUCUAGCCCAGCGACUAGCCAGGAAGACUAAAAAACAGAUCUUCGUCAGCUACAAUCUUCAGAAUACAGACAGCAGUUUCACAUUACACAUAGAGAACAGAAUCAAGGAAGAAAUGAUGGCUUUUCCAGAGAAGUUCUAACUUUGCAUCAUUGUAAGCUAAUUUGUUACUUUUUUAAAAAAGAAAUAAACUGACUGGGUUUCCAUAUUGACAGACACUGAGUUAAUAUUUUGGAACUUUGUGUUUGUUUUACAAAAUUGUUUGGACCAAACUUGAGCAGAACUUAAAAAUGUAUUUCUUCCUAACUUUUUGAGUUCCUCUGCUUUGUUAGAGAUGGUCUGAUGGUAGAGAAAGGGGAUUGAGGGAUAUGGGGAGGAAUGUUGUGAGUUAAGCAAGAUAUUGGAAACUUGUGUAUGCAUGGAGCUUGACCUACCUAGAAAUUGUAAUCAGUCAGGAAUGUUCUCUGCAUUUUAGUUGCACAUGUAACAUACUAUGUAUCAUAAUUAGAGAAAGAGAAAACAAAUCUCUUCUAGUGCUUACGUGAAAGCCUGGCAUGCUGUUGUGAAAAAUCAGCAAAUUAAAUAAAAGGAAGUCAUAUUGA